GAGUCCUUGAUUGAGUUUUUUUUUUACUGAGUUUUUUUUUUUUUUUUAUUGUCGGCCUUUUCAACUAAGAAAACAAAAUCUCAGCCCUUUGGUACAUGAAUAAUUACAAAUUUCCUCUUACAAGUCAGGUACCAACGGCACAUAAAAGCAUUGAUCAAAUCACAGCAACUUCAUCCAAUCCCUCUAAUCAAGGCAAGACUUCACAUAAUCCCAGAACAACAUCCCAGCCUAUCAUAUCUAACCCUCCCAAAUCUUUUGAUCGCAAUAUUCGUUUAAAUAGCAACAUCCCGGAUAAAUCAUAUUUAUCAGAUUAUUCUCCUGGUUCAAGUCCCGUUUCCAAAAACUCACAAUCAUCCCAAUUAAUCGAUCCACUUUCUCGAAACAAUAGAUCAAAGUCUUAUUCUCAUUUAUCUGGUUUUUCUUCUGAAAAUAUCCAUUUGAAUCAUAAGCCAUCGAUUAGUGAUUCUAUUACUACUGAUUCAAUGCCAAAAUCUAAUCAGCAUAAACACUAUUCUAAUCAUCACUUCAAUCAUUCCCAUGCCAAUAAAGGCCCACCAAUGAUUAAUAAUAUUAAUACUCAUUCACCAAAUAUGCUGCAUAUAUCUAAUAAUGGCCCGUUCUCUCCUAAUAAUAUAUUUACAACUCGUAGAGUAUGGGUCAAAAAACCAAAUGGUACUCCAACCACUUUGAUUGUUCACCAAAGCGAUAUUAUAGAUGACUUGAAACAAGCGAUUGUGAAUAAGUUUCCUAAUUCGUUAGCAAGAUUGUACGAUCCAGCAGAUUUGGUAGUUCAAAUGGAUCUUCAGGCUAGACAACCAAUCAAUUCAUCAAACAAUUUGAAUUCCGGUGCACCACCAGCUAAGCAGCAAUCGGUCGCUGGUUCAUCUACCUCAGCUACCCAAAAGCAAGCUCAAUUACAGGCUGCUCAAUCUCAAGUACAAGCCCAAGCCCAAGCCCAAGCCCAAGCCCAAGCACAAGCACAACUCCCAAGCCAAGAUGAUCCUCAAUACAAUGAGUCGAACCCUGUUCUCCACGAACCGAUCCCUUCAAUGAAACCAUCAGCAAUUCCAAGUAGAAUUCUACUGUUAUCUCCAGACAAUGCUUCGACUAGGCAAGCUCACAGUCCUGCAAACAUAAAUACAAACUUGGGACCCUUUUCAAACUUUCCAAAUUCAGGUCCCACAAACACAUACAGUUAUAUAAACCUAGAGCCUGAUCAAAAUGUCUGGCAAUUCUUAGAUAUUUAUUAUCCUAAUGGAAUGGUUAUGCAAGAAGCAUUAAUCAUUGGAAUGCCUGAUCUCAUUGAGCCACCUCAACCUGAUUUUCAACAAUCGAGUACACAAAGCUCCUUUACCCAACCCAAUUAUCCAGGCUCAGUAAGUGGUACAGCUUCCCAAAGAAAUUCGAGUAUUGCUGGAUUUUACAAUUCUAGUAAUACUCAAUUAUCACAAUCUUAUCAUAAUAAUUUAAAUGCAAUGCAACAACACCAAUUGAAUAGGAUGCUGCAGCAAACUCAGAAUAUGGGAGAAAGAUCUACCACUCCUGUAUUUCUGAAUAAUAACCCCCAAUAUCAUCAGCCUAAACCCCAAUACUUUUACCAAAAUAGCUCUUUGAGUCAAGGUAGUCCUAACUAUGCUCAAGUACCAAAUGAAAGAUCCGUUUCUCCUUCAACUGUUAAUUUGAAGGCUAAAUCACCUAUACUCAAUACGAAUCUUCACAAAAGAUCAUUUUCUAACCCACCCCAAUCACCUGUCAACAAUGCCGUCAAUCCUGCAAAUAAUAAGUCAGGUAAUGCACAAGCAGUCUUAUUAUUACCAAAAAAUUUUUCAUUAGCAUCCACUAAUAAGAAGAAUAGUAGCGAAUCUCCUAUUAAUCCAAAUAAUCAGAAUUACCAAUCCAAAAGACUUUCUUUGGAUGAAGCUUUGGUUCAUAAGAAUAAAACCAUGCCAAAUGUAAGUUCACCAAUUAAUGAGAUUAGUGAACCAUCAUUAAAGUCUGCUCUGGGCAGUAAUUUGACUAGUAUAGGUAUCGGAAUAAAUUCACCAUCUUCCAAGUCUAACUCACCAUAUCCUGGAGUCACAAAAACUGAUGAACUCUCUAGAUUGGAUAACAACUCUGCUGAUAUACCCGAAAGUGACCGUAGUCAAAGUGCAUCAACUUUAACAGUAGGGAAUAUACGAGAGGCAUUAUCGGUAUCACCUUCUCCACCAACUGUUGUUGAUGGUCUUAAUUCUCCUUCAAGAGAUUCAACUCUGAAUUUCCAAUCUAAUAUUCAUUUGAAUCAAAUGUUAUCUGAAAAUAAUAAGUCUAGCGAAGAUGUGAAAAAACACGCUCAAAGUAUUAAAUCAGUGCAAGAUCUUAGUAAUGAGAAGCCAAACCGGUCGAAUAAUAAUAACCAAAAACCAAAAACAACCACUGAUAAAGUUCUUCCAUCCAUUUCUGUUUUAGUUGUUGAGGAUAAUGCUAUUAAUCAAGCUAUUUUGGGAGCAUUUUUAAGAAAACAUAAAAUUCAUUAUCAGAUUGCUAAGAAUGGUCAAGAAGCAAUUGAUAAAUGGAGAAAGGGCGGAUUCCAUUUAGUGUUGAUGGAUAUUCAGUUACCAGUGAAAUCAGGAAUAGAAGCUACCAAGGAAAUCCGUUAUUUAGAAAAAAUUAAUAGGAUUGGUGUCUUUGCCCAAAACGAAUUAGCCCAUAAUCACUUCAAAGCACCAACAGAAUUACAAGAAGAUGAAAAACUAGAUUUGAAUGUUUUCAGAUCCCCAGUGAUUAUUGUUGCCCUUACCGCGUCAUCAAACUCAUCAGUUGAUAAAAAGAAUGCGUUGACCGCAGGUUGUAAUGACUAUUUGACUAAACCUGUCAAUUUGGUUUGGUUACAAAAUAAAAUUACUGAAUGGGGUUGUAUGCAAGCCUUAAUUGAUUUUGAUGGAUGGAGAAUUAAAGGUAACUCUGGUGGUUUAAAUGGUAUUCAAAGUCGUAAUCUCUUAUCUAAUCAACACUCAAAGGAGGCUAUUCUUUCAAAGGGGCAACCUUCUUUGAUUGCAAACUGACAAAGUAUGAUUGACCCAAACGAUCAAGAUUUUGAAUCUAUCAUCGAACCAAAACAAGGUAUUGCAAUCAAAGAUAUUGAUGACGAAAAUGAUAAUCUCAGUGACUACACCCUGAACUGGUCUGCAUCAACUAGAUUCGAUGGGUAUUUUGAUGAUGAUAAUGUUGGUGAAAGCAUUUUGAUGAGCACUUCACAGUUUAUUUGUAUUAUAAUGUCCUUAUAUAUUAUUCAUAUUCUUUUCAGUUCCUCAUUUAAAACUAUGAUCAAGGAUUGUUUAGUAUUUUUCAUGUUUCUUCUAUUCUUUUUCAACGUUUUUUAUUGAUUCAUUAUAUUUCUUUUCUAAACUUUCUUUUCUUGUGCUACUUUAUAUCUUAUAUAUUUGAACUAAAUAAAUUG